CGGCGGCGGCGGUUUUUCCUGCGCCGAGCGCGGCCAGAGGGGGCAGAGCCGAGCCGCGCCGCGCCGAGGAGUUCUGCACCCCGCGCCUCACCGGCCUCCGGCCCCGGCGGGAACCCGCCGCCGCCCCGGACCGGAAGAAACUGAAGUGAAAAAGAAGUGAUUGAAAAAGAAAUUAAGAAACCAUUUGAAGGAACAAAUUCAUUUCUUAACAAGAUCAAGUUUGAAUUAAAUGGCUGAUAAACAGAUCAGUUUACCUGCCAAGCUGAUCAAUGGAGGGAUAGCUGGGCUGAUUGGGGUCACCUGUGUAUUUCCCAUUGACCUGGCAAAAACUCGCCUGCAGAACCAGCAGAAUGGCCAGCGGAUGUACACCAGCAUGUCUGACUGCCUCAUUAAAACAAUUCGGUCGGAAGGCUACUUUGGCAUGUAUAGAGGGGCUGCAGUGAACCUGACUCUAGUGACACCAGAAAAGGCUAUCAAGCUGGCAGCCAAUGACUUCUUCCGGCAUCACCUCUCCAAAGACGGGAAAAAGCUGACACUGCUGAGGGAGAUGCUGGCAGGCUGCGGCGCAGGUACCUGCCAGGUGAUUGUCACCACUCCAAUGGAGAUGCUCAAAAUCCAGCUGCAGGAUGCAGGGCGAAUUGCGGCACAGAAGAAGCUGAUGGCAGCGCAGGCCCAACUCUCCUCUUCCUCUGCGGCGGGGGCGGCAGAGCCAGCGGUGGAAACACGCACAACAGCAACACAGAUAACAAGGGAGCUGCUGCGGAGCAAAGGCAUUGCAGGACUCUACAAGGGCCUGGGAGCCACGCUGCUAAGGGAUGUCCCAUUCUCCAUUGUUUACUUCCCCCUGUUUGCAAACCUGAACAAGCUGGGCCAGAAAGACCCCAAUGUCAAGGCUCCGUUCUACGUGUCCUUCCUCUCCGGAUGUGUGGCUGGCAGUACGGCUGCGGUGGCUGUCAAUCCUUGUGAUGUGAUCAAAACACGGCUGCAGUCCUUGCAGAGAGGAGUGAACGAGGACACCUACUCAGGAAUCCUGGACUGCACCAAGAAGAUCUGGCAGAAGGAAGGGCCCAUGGCCUUCCUGAAAGGGGCCUACUGCCGAGCCCUGGUCAUUGCUCCUCUCUUCGGCAUCGCACAAGUCGUCUACUUCAUUGGCAUCGCGGAGUUCCUGCUGGACAUGCUCCCUAAGCACCGGGCCUAGCUCUGGUGCACGUGCGUGUGCCCUCCUGCCCUCUGCAGCGCUGAAUUAAUCCCUGUGUUUGUCAUCCGUGUCGAUUGAUGUCAGAGCAACAGCACAAAGGGUUCGCGCAGGGACGACGAGGGGAUGUGGUCUCCAGAUGAGCAAACGUGGGGAGGGAGAGAGUCCCUUUUCUGUCUCAGUCUGGAACCUGCCCCCUCCCACUCCUUCCACAGACAGUAUCUAAUUAUGCAUAUCUCUUUUCCUUUUUUUUUCUCCUUUCCUUUUUUUUUUGUUUUUAAAUUGUCAUUCUUAAGGACACUGGUAAGCACAGACUGGGCUUGCAAACCCAGAAGUCUCCUCCUAGCCUUGGGGAGGAAGAGGGAUGGGAAAGAAAGAACCUGAACCCUCGUCCACCCCAGUCCCCCUAUUUGUUCUUGGAGUUGCCACCUAUCUGAGGAGGAGCUAGAAGGGCAGCUGUGUCCCCUCAGCCCCUCCUUGGCUCCGCUGGCCCUGGGCCAAGAGCAGGCACCGCAUAAAGGGGGCUUCUCUCACUGCCAUCGGAGGCACAGCAGGGAAGAUGCUGGAUCUGGCAAGUUCCUUGGCCUGGAAACCUUCACCCCUCCCUUCUCCCUUUCUUGAAAACGAGUUGGACUUAGAUGAACUUCUUGGAGAUGAGAGGAAGGGAAAGGGGAUUGUUACUAUUGAUUUUCUAAUUAUUUUUUUAAAAAGCAAAGGGAUGUCCCUCCUAACUAGGUGUCACAGGCACAUCCAGGUGACGUGCAGAGAUUAGAUGUCUGCUCUGUAGGGAACAUGUAUGUUCACAUCAAUGUCCAAAGGUGCUUCACUGCUUGGCUACAGGCAGGGGAGGGAAAGGAACUUGGGAUCAAGUUUUUUUUGAUUGUUGGGGUUUUUUUUUGUUUCUUUUUUAAUGCAGGGCUUGUGGGGAGGGAAAAACAAACAAGAAACCACUUACAUUCCUUCAGCCUGCCCACACCCAGGGUGAUAAAGCAGUGACCGCAGGUGUAGAUUAGCUGAUUUAUUUUUUUUUUCCAGCCUGGCCCCAGGUGCAUGAAAGGAGGAGCUUGCUCCACUUCUGUGGUGCCCAACUUUGGGGAGCUGUGCUAGAAAUGCCAUGCCUGUGUGCUCACCUUGCAAGGUGAAAACACAAGGUCUGGUUGUGCUUUGAUGUUUGACUUGGGCAAGUUUGGAGCCAGCUGGUGUCGGAGAGGUGGAGGGUUCCCGCGCUUUGAGUGAGGAGCUGUUUGCCUGUACACCAUUACAGGGCCAAGUCCUCUGGAUCACAAAAACUCGUCAUCUGUCUUGCUUCUGGUGUGGUGAUCGUUGUUUGGUGGCAGGGGGCAAAUCCACACCUACAACCUGCUCUGUCAAAGGGACACUGCCCCAGCUAACCUCACUUGUCAGAGAACUUCCUCAUGCAGUACUCUCUUGGGCUGUGUAAUUAAUUCUAGUUUAAAUGAUCUUAAGUGUGAGAUCUACCAACCCAGUGUGAUCUCUUCCAUUAUUUAUUCCAUUUGGUGCAGUCCACUCGACUUUGGUGUUUAAAUUAAACUGGUCAAAUUCA